UUCAUCCAUACGCUUCGUCCAAUGGUCCAACUCCAGCCUAGCCGCCCAGCCUUUCUUUAGUCUUGGAGUUGAAAGAACUUAAAAGAAAUCAAAAUUACAAGACUGUGUGAUUGAUAGAAAGAUAUCUCGCGAGUUUUAAAUCUUGUAAAUGUUAAUUUGGUAUUCAUCUUGAGUUACAACAUACAACCGAAGAUUUGUGACGUCAAUCGAAACAAUGUAACGACUGCUUGGGUUAAUUCGCCAUAUUACAUCUUAUCUGUGAACGAAAAGAAGAAAUUGUUUCGAUCACAAUGUCCUUAACAACUUUGUUGCCUGCUCCCACUCAGCUGUGGGACAAAGAUGAUGAAGCACGUGAGCAAAAAUUGCGCCAAAGACCUGUCUCUGCGCUUGUUAAAGCCGUUGUUACAGCUCCACCAUAUGGGCAGCGGAGAGGAUGGGUGCCGCGCAACCCAGAAGAUUUUGGAGACGGGGGAGCAUUCCCAGAGAUUCAUGUUGCACAGUAUCCACUGGGAAUGGGAAUGAAAGGCAAGGAAAUCACAAGCAAUGCGUUGGCAGUACAACUUGAUGCUCAUGGAAAAGUAAAAUAUGAUCUCAUAGCGAGACAAGGCCACAGUAAGGACAAAAUUGUGUAUAGUAAAUUGAGCGAUUUGUUACCAUCUGAAAUUACAAACGAGGAAGACCCUACAUUACAAAGACCAGCCACUGAUGAGAUCGACGAUCUCACGGAUAAAACGAAAAAGGCAUUAGAAAAAAUUACAAGAUCAAAAAUCGCGGCCGCCAUGCCAGUGAGAUGUGCGGAAAAACAAGCUCCAGCGCAAUAUAUAAGAUAUACACCCUCACAACAAGGUCAGUCAUUUAACUCGGGAGCCAAGCAAAGGGUUAUACGCAUGGUAGAAGCCCAAGUGGAUCCAAUGGAACCACCAAAGUUUAAGAUUAAUAAAAAAAUUCCACGAGGACCUCCUUCACCUCCAGCUCCUGUAAUGCAUUCCCCAACAAGAAAAGUAACAGUAAAAGAACAAAAGGAAUGGAAAAUUCCACCAUGCAUCAGCAAUUGGAAAAAUGCAAAGGGUUAUACAAUUCCUUUGGAUAAACGUCUUGCUGCAGAUGGUAGAGGUUUGCAGCAAGUACACAUUAACGAAAACUUUGCAAAAUUAGCUGAAGCUCUUUAUAUUGCCGAUAGAAAAGCCCGACAAGCUGUGGAAAUGCGGGCGCAAUUGGAGAAAAAAUUGGCUCAAAAGGAGAAGGAGAAGAAGGAGGAUCACCUGAGGCAGCUCGCCCAAAAGGCCCGAGAAGAGCGCGCCGGCUUAAAAUCUAGUGCAACAUUAGAUAAGGCUGAAGAAUCACGCGAAAGGGACCAACUCAGGCAGGAACGUCACAAGAACCGCGCUCGAGAACGUAAUUUAGCUCGCGCUGCUCCCGACAAACGCUCUCGUUUACAACGCGAACGCGAACGCGAUAUUAGCGAGCAGAUUGCACUUGGUUUGCCCGCAAAGAGCAUUCCAAAUACGGCAGAAGCACAGUUCGAUCAACGUCUCUUUAAUAGCAGCAAGGGAUUAGAUAGCGGCUAUGGCCACGAGGACGAGUAUAAUGUUUACGAUAAACCGUGGAAGGACGGCAAUUCGAUUGCCUCGCAUAUUUACCGUCCGAGCAAGAAUAUUGAUAAAGAUACUUAUGGAGACGACCUAGAAAAAUUGAUUAAAACAAACAGAUUCGUUCCCGACAAAGAAUUCAGUGGAACCGACAGGACUGCCACGCGAUCAGGACCAGUACAAUUUGAGAAGGAGGAAGAAGAUCCUUUCGGUUUGGAUCAGUUUUUGAAACAGGCCAAACGCGCCAGUAGCUCAACAACGACAAAGCGCAAAGAAGAACGCGAACCACGUAGGGACGACCGUGAAAAACGAAGAAAGCAUUAACCCUUCAGUUAUCGGAACAAUGAAUGGCAUUACAUUAAAAAUAUAUUUUUGAUGUAUUUUUUUUAAAUUUGUUUUAUUAAAUUAAGAAAGAUUCUGUUUCGGAUUUUAGUAAUAGAGUAAAAGAUAUGUUUAAUAAUAAUAAAAACUAGUAUGAUAUAAUACUGUAAUAAUAAACAAUAUUGUAAUAAUAAAAAAUACAUGUUAUUUUGAUUUAGCAAUAACAAAAUGCUGAAAUUUUACUUGAUUAAGAGAUGAUAGAACUUCCGAAAUUAUCUGAUUAAUUGUUUUUAUUAUUGUAAUAAUAUACAACAUUUUUGGA